AUGCAGACCUCCACAUUCGCGCUCCUCUCCAUCGCUGGUGCCGCCACCGCUGCCGUGUACGCCACGGAGCCGUGCAACAUGGGCACCAUCCAGGGCAGCCUGCUGCCGAACGGCACGGCCUGGCACAAAAGCUGCUUGGCCGCCACGGGCAUCGACGUGUUCAAACUGGACUUGCUCCCCACUGAAGCUCAGGCCGAGGACCUUUCACAGUCGCGCGACUGCGUCAACUACAUCAACCAGAUCAACCAGAAGGCCAACUCGGCCAUCCAGUGCGAGACGACCGUGGGCGACCAGACCGUCGUCCUCGGCGAGCUGCUCACGGAGUUUCUCAAGGGCAAGACGGGCAACACGACCAAGGAGGCCGUGGUCGGCUCGGACAGCAUGUCCGGCAGCGUCUCGCUCUCCAGCAGCAACUCCACCUCAGGCAGCAGCAGCGAGUCAGCUUCCUCCAGCGAGUCCGCGUCCGGCAGCGACGAGAGCAGCUCGGGCUCGGAGUCCGCCGCCAGCGCCGAGAAGCAGGUGAGCAGCAGCAGUAGCAGCAGCAAGAGCGCAGCUAAGUCCGGCAGCAGCACCGUCACCGCCGCCACCUUCUCGGUCAUCGCGACCGCAGCGACCGCCGUGCUCGCCUUUGCGCUGUAAGCUAGACCACCCAACGCAACGUCCGUACGUGCACUUACCUUUGCCAAAUAGAAUUUUGAGCGUUGAAGCUUG